AUGGGUCAGAUGAUCGAAGUAGACGGCAUUGGCCUGAAUGCUGUCUUCAUCCUCAUCAUGUCGCGCAUGUCGCAGGCCUCGGGCUCCAUCCUGCCGCCGCUGAGCUCGCUGGUGGGGCCCAAGAAGGUGUCUCCCACCGAUGGGCAGAGGGAGCGAGAGGAGUCAGCGGACUCAGGCUGCAGCUCCCUGAGCGGCUUUGCCAAGUCCCUGCAGAAGGCAGAGGCCCUGCUGUGGAACUGCGUGAACCCCAGUGUGCGGCGCCUCCUGCAGCAGCAUGCCAGCGCCAGUGCCUACGACAGCAAUGAGGAGGACUCGCCCGGCGCCCUCGCCCGCCUGGCCCAGGUGGAGCACAGCUUCCUGGGGCUCAGCCGCUGCCUCUGCGUGCAGGAGAACCCCCGCACGGAGACCUUCCGGGGCCACGUCAAGCCGGCGGCCAGUGACACGGCCCAGGGCGCCUUCUCCUACCACCCCGUCUACCCCCGCGUGGCCAAGCACUGUGCCACCUUGCACGCCCUGCUGCAGCACCGCCACCGCCUCCGCCUCUCCCACGAGUACAGCCGCCGCCUCAAAGGGGCCUCGGACUUCGUCCGCCACCUCCUGACUCUCUUGGCGCUGAAGGACCCGGGCGGGGACCCUGGGGGGAGCAGGCAGCUCAGGGGACUCUGUGAGGAGCUGCGGACUCACACCAGCCACUGGAGCGGGCUGCAGCGCAAGAUGCGCAGCGACCCCUGGCUGCGGGUGCUGCUGCUGCAGCAUCACGAGUCGGUGACGCACAUGAAGCGGGCGCUGGGCCUGCUGGCCCUGCAUGCCAUCCGCCUGGUGGAGCGCUACGUGGAGGUGCUGCUGCACUGCCUGGCAUGGGCCAGCCCCGCCGCCGUCUCCCCUGCCCAGCUCUCCGACCUGUUCCAGGGCCUGGAGAUCUACAACCACGUGCUGAGCGACCAGGCCCUGGAGCGGGCCUCCAGCGAGCCGGGGGCUGAUCCCGCCACCCCACUCCGGCGCAAAGGGGAGCCGAGAGAGGCAGGCUGGCCGCCCACAGACUCCAGCAGCUCCUCCUGCAGCAGGCACAGCGGACACAGCGGGACUGCCUGGAUCAGGUGUACUGGGAGAAUGCUGUGGUGA